GAACGGCGCCCUCGCACUCAGCACAGUUGCAUCAGUUCCUGUGUGCGCGUGUAAAUGGCUGUGCCGUGGCUGCUCCACGCUACUUUUUAUUCUCAGGACGCAGAAUAGUCAUAAAUCCUCCUCUGCUAGGAAAAGGCUGUGAUCAUAAUAAAGACGUCACCCUCCCGCUCGGGCUGGCUCAACCAAGCCAAGUGCGCAGCUAUUUGUAAGCUACAACAACAACAACCUCCAGCACCAUGCCCAUGGAUAACGUAGGGAUUUCUCUGAGAUCCCCUCGCGGUGCGAAGACGAUAUCUGCGUCAGAUCCAUAGCAGAGAGAGAGAAAAAAAAGCCUUUAAUUGCUCCGGAUCUGUCUACUAUUUAAAAAAAAGAAAAGAAAAGAAAAGAAAGAAAAGAAAAACGAGAGACAGACAGGGACUCGACACGCGUUGCGGGCUCCUGUCGCAGCAAAUAGGACGCAAGACGUGGAUUUGAAGAGUCAUGGAGGAAACAGCUGCUGCAGCCUCAGCCCCUGGGACGGGUGCUGCCCCGCCAACCCCAAGACCUCAGCCUUCCUCCUUUGCACCCUCCCGCAGCCUGCUGGAGUGGAGACGGAGGGUCAAGUCUGAGUACAUGCGGCUCCGCCAAUUAAAGCGCCUUAAAAAAGCGGAGGAGGUCAAAACCCUGUUCAUGUCCAACAGGCAAAAGAUUGAGCAGCAGACAAACCUCCUGAAUGCAGAGUGGUCCAGGCUCAGGAUCCAGUCCAUCCCUCUGUCAACUUCCAGUGGAGCGCUGGCCAACAAGAAGAUGUGUACAGUGGAGUUUGGCUUCCCAGGAUUCAAAGCCCAGGCCAUCGCCAUGAGGCCGCUGUCGACGGUGGCAGGAAUCCCCUUCAUGUACUCCUGGUCGCCUCUGCAGCAUAACUUUAUGGUCGAGGAUGAAACCUUCCUUCACAACAUCCCGUACAUGGGCGACGAGGUGCUGGAGCAGGACGAGGCCUUCCUGGAGGAGCUGAUCGACAACUACGAUGGUGUCCACGGAGACAGAGAGGGCGGGUUUAUCAGUGACGAGAUCUUUAAGGAGCUGGUGGAGGCCUUGAGUCAGUACUCUGACCACGAGGAGGAGGAUGAGGAGGAAGCAGUGGCGGCAGCAGCGGCGGAGGUGAUGGGAAAGAAAGAGGACGAGAGAGUGAUGAGGAGGAGCUCAGUGGAGGCUUCAGAAGACACCAAACCUGGUACAGUGGCAUUCAUCAGGAGGAAGAGGAAGAGCACAACCGAGGUGAGGGACCUGUCCGGCAGCAAGAAGGUCCCCAACGAUAAGAUAUUUACAGCCAUCGCCUCAAUGUUCCCUUACAAGGGCACCAUGGAGGAGCUGAAGGAAAAGUACAAGGACCUCUUGGAGCCCCCCGGUCCGGUGAAACUGCCCCCCCUCUGCACCCCCAACCUGGACGGACCUUUUGCAAAGUCCGUGCAGCGGGAGCAGUCGUUACACUCCUUCCACACCCUCUUCUGCAGGCGCUGCUUCAAAUACGACUGUUUCCUUCACCCUUUCCAUGCUUCGCCCAAUGUUUACAAGAGGAAGAGUAAGGAGAUCCACAUGGAGAGCGAGCCGUGUGGCGUGGACUGCUUCCUGUUACAGAAAGGGGCUAAAGAGUUUGUGGAUCAGAAUAUGUUACGAUCACAGAGGUCCCGGAGGCGCCGGAGGCAGCAGCGUCCCACCAGCUCCAGCUGUCCUGGACCGUCUGAGUCUCCUGAGGAAGGCAAACAGGGCGACAGCGACCACGAAACCACCUCCUCCUCAGAGGGGAAUUCGCGUUGCCAAACUCCCACCAAGCUACGUCCAGCGGAUGAUGACGGUGCAGAGCAAGCUUGCUGUGUGGUCCAGUGGAGCGGGGCAGAGGAGUCACUGUUCAGGGUGCUACACGGCACAUAUUUCAACAACUUCUGCUCCAUCGCUCGCCUCAUCGGUACAAAGAACUGCAAGGAGGUGUACGAGUUUGCAGUGAAGGAGGUCCUGAUUCAUCGUGUCCCUGUGGUUGACGGAGGCAUCUCGCCCCAGAAGAAGAAAAAGAAACACAGCACAGCUUGCUGUGCCAGUCUGAGGGUUUUGUCCUCUGUUGCUCCAGAUAACUCGUCCAAUCAGGUGUACAACUACCAGCCAUGUGAUCACCCCGACCAUCCAUGCGACAGCUCCUGCCCGUGCGUGAUGACCCAGAAUUUCUGUGAGAAGUUCUGCCAGUGUGAGCACGAAUGCCAGAACCGCUUCCCAGGCUGCAGGUGUAAGACACAGUGCAACACUAAACAGUGCCCCUGCUACUUGGCUGUGAGGGAGUGUGACCCAGAUCUGUGCAUGACCUGCGGCGCCGCAGACCACUGGGACAGCAAAGGGGUCUCCUGCAAGAACUGCAGCAUCCAGAGAGGACUGAAAAAGCACCUGCUUUUGGCUCCAUCAGAUGUCGCUGGAUGGGGCACCUUCAUCAAAGAACCAGUGCAGAAAAACGAGUUUAUCUCUGAAUACUGCGGAGAGCUGAUUUCCCAGGAUGAGGCAGACCGACGUGGAAGGAUCUAUGACAAAUACAUGUCUAGCUUCCUUUUCAACUUGAACAAUGUAGACUUUGUUGUGGACGCCACACGAAAGGGGAACAAAAUCCGCUUUGCAAAUCAUUCAGUUAACCCAAACUGCUACGCGAAAGUGGUGAUGGUGAAUGGAGACCACCGCAUUGGAAUCUUUGCCAAACGAGCUAUUUUGCAAGGAGAGGAGCUCUUCUUUGACUACAGAUACAGCCAAGCCGAUGCCCUCAAAUACGUGGGCAUAGAGAGGGAGGUAGACAUGACUUAGCUACACCUGCAGCCUACCUCCGUAACCUGUCCCGGACUCUUCAGCCACCCACUAGUGCUUCUGUCCCUCUCUGCAGCGUCAUAUCUAGCUGAACGGUUGCUGUCUCCACCCUCUCUGCUGCACUUCCAAAAAUAGAAAGUCCCUCCCUGUUUGCAGGUGCUCCCGCUCUGCAGACACCACCACACCACCUCCGUCAGUGACAGCCGUCAGCUCUCUCUCUCAUCUGCCCAGACCCAGCCACCUACCUGCGAGACUGUAUACACCAAGCUUACAAAACGUAACUAUUUAAAGUGGAAAUACUAUUAAUCCGUAUCGCUUACCGCACCAAGAGGAUCACGUGUUUUGUUUUUUAUUUUUCUCUUUGUUCCAUCUCGUCAAGGCGAAAGGCGCUUUGAUAACCCAUCAUACAGUGUGUUACUCUCUCAGCAGUUCUGUUACUGUACUUAGACUGGCUUUUGUUUGACCUCUCAAUACGUAACGCAAGCUUUUACAUCGUACCUAAUGAUGACCAGUGAAAUGCAUGUGCUGUCUCUUGGAUAAACAAACCAUUAACCAUGUUAGUCACAGCAUUAGCUUCAGUCAGACGCUGCCCCGUGCAGUCACUCAGUAUUGUAGUGUGAUGUUACCCAGUGCUUGUUCUUCAGAGGAGCCUUUGAGGAAGCGGCAGGUUCGACAGCUUGUUACGUUCUUCUAUGAACCCCUUUCAGCGGCUAGCAUCACCACCACAUGUUAAUGGUGAAAUAAAUUAUUGUGCAUUUAUAACAUUGUUCUGCAAAAAUAGGCAACCAGACGAGAAACCGACUGACUGAAUGUAACCUGUAUACGAUGGUGAAGAGAUCUCAUCCCUCUUUUCAUUUUACACAUUAACCUGUUUUGUAUCGGUACUCUGAGCAACGUCAAAACAUUACAUCAUCAUGUUUACAUGAUCCGAAGGCUUUCACACUUUGUGAGGGAACUGAUUUAAAGAUUAACCAGUCACGUAGUAAAUGUCUUCCAUUGGAAAAUAUAUAUAUAUACAUAUAUAUAUAAGUGCCAAAUGAUUCCACACAGAAAAAGGUUGAAACAGUGUGGAUGUGUCGCAUAACAAACAGAGAUGUGUUAAAGGAAACCUUUUCAAGGUUGUGACCACAUUAAAAAGCAAAAAUUAUCAGUGUUUGACCAAAUAUUAAAGUCCCCCACAUGUGAAUGUAAAAUAUCAUUUAUCAUCAUUUCUUUAUUUUUUAUAGUGUUUGUCCAGAUUUGUUACACAUUCUGUUUUUCACUUAUCAAACAUUGAAGCCCACGUUGAAAUGAGAUCUUUCUCAGUAGAGAUGAACAAAAUGGAGUUUACUGCUAUGUACAGUGUAUGCCUAUAAAAAUAAAAGUUUAACUUUAUACAUUAAAA